AUGACCUUCGUCUGCCAAUAUUUCCUCCAUCUUCCCUAAUCUGAACUCCAUUAAACUCCAAAAUACCCCUCCCAGUAGUAGUUGUUGGCUUUUUAUUUUAUCUUGAGUGGUUUAACUAUUCUAUCCUAUUAUCUUCCCCGUAUCAGUCAGCUAGAACAGUGCUUCGCUGCGAUUACUUUGACCCGCAACGGACUCUCAUAGCAGCUGGGAUGCUGCAAGGAGCAAACAUUCUUUAUGUGAGCUAGAAUUCAAACUAUUUGUACUCAUUUCAAAGAGAGAAUAGCUUUUCCGUUUUACCUAUACGAGCAAGCGUCUAGUAAUGUCCCUGCCUCGAGUUACCUAUCUGGAGUCAUGGGAACAUGGUCCCGCUUCAAUCCGGCGCCAAGAUCAAUUGUCAGCAGCUGACUCGGAUGACGAUGCGGCAUACCAAGACCUCCCCGAAGAGUCGCUAUCGUCCUCGUUCCCAUCAACAUUCAGCUUUCCGAUCUCGAGGCAGCGCCUGAAUUUCAACCCCUAUGCCGGACCAGGUUGGAAUGAGGCAUCGGUUGAUGAUGCGGCAGAUGAGCAAGGCUCUCUCAGGAGAGUGCCCUCCCAGUCAUCCCCCCGUGAAGUAGAGGGGGUAGAUGGGGUGGCACACAACGGUUUCGUGAAACCGCAGGAAGCGUCACUACUGGAGACAACCGGCGCUUUUGAGGUUGGUCGGACUAGACGGAUCUGUAAGCCGGGGGCCCCUCGUAUUUCCCCCCAAUGGUUACUGACCUUCCUAAAAGUGCAGGUCUGUAUUGCAGUAAUCUACUGUUUCCUGGCUGCGGGUAUUGUCUUUGGCUUCGCGGCGCUCAAGCCGGUCUUGAUUAGAGAAGGAGUUUACCACAGCAUGUGCUCGAAAGAGGAGCUCAAUAAAAGCCAAGAUGUGUGCUACUUGCAGGAACUUCGCCUCAACCUCAUGUUUACCAUAGCUGCUGUUGCGACCAACGUCUCUGCCCUUCCAGUUGGAACUAUUCUAGACACAUACGGUCCGCGUGUUUGUGGCAUCAUCGGCAGUGGUUUUCUUUCUCUCGGCGCUCUACUUUUUGGGCUCUCUGGCAGUAUUGGCUUCGACGGAUACAUCCCAGGGUAUUUUUUCUUGUCUUUGGGCGGACCGUUCAUUUUCAUCUCAUCAUUCCAACUUUCGAACACAUUUCCUACCCGCUCGGGAUUAAUACUUUCCAUGCUGACAGGCGCAUUCGAUGCCUCCAGCGCACUGUUCUUAAUCUUCCGUCUGAUUAACCAGAACACAAAUGGCCGGUUUACAACCGGGAAAUUUUUCCUAGCUUAUCUAAUUGUCCCAGUACUCAUAUUAGCUGCACAGCUUACCGUCAUGCCAACAACGUCUUAUAAGACUGCUGGAGAGCUAGUCCAGCAAGCAGAAGCCGAAAUCACCGCUGAGGUAAAUGACAGGGUCGACGACGACAUUCAAGAUCGGAAUGAAGGCGAACGUCAGCGGAAUGACCGUCGCGUCCAGCGCCAAGAUAUUGUCAACAAGAUCCAGGACCUCCUCACGGACGGAGCCCCUGACCAACCACCUAGGGUGGAAGAUCCUGCACUCAGAGCCAACCGCUACGAGCCGGACACCCAAUCAACCAAAUCCCCGAACACUACAGGCGGCGUUUGGGGUACAAUGCACGGAUUUUCAGCUUUGCAACAAGUACGGUCCCCGUGGUUCAUCCUCAUCACAAUUUUUACCGUCCUCCAAAUGCUCCGAAUCAACUACUUCGUGGCCUCUAUGCGCCAACAGUAUGAAUUCCUGUUCGGAUCACCCGAAAAAGCCCGCAAGAUCAACGAAGUGUUUGAUUUCUUACUCCCCCUUGGUGGUCUCGUUUCCGUACCGUUCAUUGGCGCCAUCCUCGACAAUGCGAGUACGCCCUUCGUCCUUCUCGUGCUCGUGACAACCGCAACGGUGAUCGGUACUCUCGGGUGCAUACCACAUAGCGUGGAAGCAGGAUACACUAACAUCGCCAUCUUCGUGAUCUACCGCCCGUUCUACUAUACCGCAGUUUCAGAUUAUGCCGCUAAAGUAUUCGGCUUCCAGACGUUCGGCAAGGUCUACGGACUCAUCAUCUGUCUGUCGGGAUUAGGCAAUUUCGCCCAAGCAGGUCUCGAUGCCAUCACCUUCAAGGUAUUCCAUCGGAACCCUAUUCCGGUCAAUUUCAUCCUUACUCUUGUGACCUUUCUGGUUGGGGUCGGAUUGGUUGGUUUUGUUUGGUGGAAAGCAGGCACCGUGACUAAAGUCUCAGCAAUAGCGACUGAAGAAAAUGGGGAACUUGCAGUCCCCAAUGACCAUGAUGGUAUCGCAAGUAGAGAUUGGGAACGGGAGCCGUUGUUAUAUCGGCCACCAUCAAAUGUGGCUCGGCAUGCGGAGUCGCCCUCAUAUGGCAUUUCCAGUCCUUCAUAGCAUUAGCUUGUAGCGUAGCUUAGUUUCAUUUUCUAUUCGUUCCAGUAGAGAGAUAUGUAUCUAUAUAUAUUAUUUAUGACCUACGGUAACAGACACGAGUCAAUCGGCGUUCUUCG